UCACUCAUUCGCUUUGCCAUGCCCAAGCUUUCCUCAAAGCGGACUGCGCACGCCAUGCAGGCGCUGAUCGCGUUUGUGGAGAAGAGCAUCGCAGACAAGGAGGGUGUCGAGGGCCUGCUGGGUGCCGACGAGACGCCCAUCUACCUCACCCUCGGCCUGCAUCGGCCGCCGGUGGCGGCGCGGACGAACCCGUACUCGCUCCCUGUCCCGCACUCGCUGGUGGAGGCGGAUACGGACAUCUGCUUCAUUGUCAAGGACCCGGCGUCGGCGUACGAGGACAAGAUCCGUGAGACUGCCGAGGAGCUCGGGCUCAAGGGCAACCUCAACGUCAUCGAUGUGGCCGGUCUGGGCGAGAUGACGUACACGUACGAGGCGAGGCGUGUGCUUUUGGCCUCGUACGACAUGUUUCUCGCCGACUCGCGCAUCAUGCAGCAGCUGCCUAAGCGGCUCGGCAAGAAGUUCUACACCAAGAAGCGCCUGCCGACCAUGGUGGAUAUGCAGCCGGGAUCGUCGGUCCGCAAGUCGCUCGCCCGCGCCUUUUCCUCCAUCCAGCUCUACCUCACGCGUGGCGUGAGCUUCUCGCUGAAGAUUGGCUACGCCUCGUGGGACGAGGACAAGCUGGUGGCCAACGCCGUUGCGGCCGCAAAGGCUGCCGCCAAGAUCGUUCCUGGUGGCUGGGACAACUUCCGGUCCAUGCACAUCAAGACCCGCGACUCGGUCGCUCUUCCAGUUUACAAGGCCAAGACGAAUGUGUCGUCCGACGCCGUCGUCAAGCCCACCGAAGCCGAGAUCAAGCGAAUUGAGAGCAACCGCCGCGCCAAGAACCCCAUCGGCUGGAUCGCAGAUCUUGACACCGACAACUCGAUCGUCAGCAGCAAGGCGAAGAAGUCGUCCAAGCCCGCCGAGUCUGCCGAGACCAAGAAGGCCAAGAAGGCGAAGACGACCAAGGAUGCUAAGAAGGUCAAGGAGCCCGAGACCGAGGCCGAGGCCGAUCAAACUACCGGCAAGAAGCGCGCACGCUCCGGCAAGGCCAAGUCCAAGGGCAAGACCGCCGAUGACGACGCCGCCGCCGCCGAGGAGGACGCCGCCGCCGAGGAGGACGCCGCCGCCGAGGAGGACGCCGUCGCCGAGGAGGCCCCGCGGGUCACCCGCUCGCGCAAGCGCCGCAAGAAGUAAAUGCCGCAGUCCAGUAGG